GGCUGAAAGCCUUCCUUAGGCGAGCAAAUAAAUCAGUGUAUAUGAAUGUUGUAGCGACACCUCGCAGCCUCGAGACACCGAGCUGCUCUGAGUAACACGCACAAUGAGCACAAACCCAGACUCGUCCCUGCCCAUUGUGAGAGCUAUGGACAUCGAUUCGACCUCACAACAAGCCAAUCCUUAUAGCGGUCAAAUCAUCCAUGCUGCCAUUCAGGUUGAGUCGAUAGAGCCUGUCGCGCAAGCUGUCGGACCUUUGUCAGCGGACGCUUCAUUGGAAGCAAGCAGUUCAGCUGCUGAAGAUGAAGCCGAAAAAGAGCGCGCCGAUAACAUGCGAAUGUGGUGGAACGAAGCUAUCGCCAAGAACAUGAAUCUGCCUGAGGGGUACGAGCACGUUGCUGUGCUUAUCGUCAAGUGGGCUGACGAACUCGAUGAGCUCAAGACAAGAACUGAGGCGCUAGAACUCGAGACCUUGUUCCGCGAUCGAUUCCACUACCACACCGAGACCGUCGAACUGAACGUGAAGGGUAAAGCACAGCUACAGCUCAACAGUCGUAUCAGCAGCUUUGCUGCAGAACACAACGGACCGAACAACCUGCUUAUCAUCUAUUACACGGGCCAUGGCGUAUAUUUUGAGGACAAGAAGUUUCUGCAGCUAGCUGCAUGUGCCAAUCCAGCGAACGGCAAGGGACUCUAUCAGGACGCACACGCAAAUUGGAACAAAGCGGAAGAUAUUCUCAAAGCAGAUGAGGUUGACGCCGACGUAUUAACCAUACUGGACGCUUGUUACGCCAGUAAUAUAACAAAGUCAGCGGUGCAAACGAACAAGAAGUUUGAGCUACUUAGUGCGUGUGGGCUCGAUCAGACGACUGCGGCACCAGGUCCUAACUCGUUCACCCGAGCCUUGAUCGAUAACCUGAAGGAUCUUCUCGCAGAGUAUGGCGACAAGCCGUUCAACACAUUCCACAUCAAUCAGCGUGUAUGUAUGGACCAACGGCGUCGUGAAUGCCCAUCGCAUUUGUGGUACCGGCUCCAUAGUGACUCGAACAUUCUUCUGGCGCCGUUGAAGGGAGCAGCAAAGCAGUUCCAACAGAAAACAAACGUUGCGCGCAACCCUAGAGGGUAUCUGACGUUGAGAUUCGCCCUUAGAGAUGAGAGCUUGAACAAAGAGCAGAUCGAAGUCUUGACCAGGAGCCUGGCAAAAGCAUUUGAGAACAAGAAGAUGAUUGGCCUGAAGAAGAUCGAUUGGAUCAACAUCAAAUCUGCGAAGGUGUCAUACUUUGAGCGGGUUGGACUAGCUAUGUAUGCUGUCGCGCAGUGGAAGAAAUUCCUAGCAAAGAAGCGGGAGGAGAAAGGAUGGCAAAAGGCAGCCGAAGCCAUGGACGUGGACAUGGAUCAACGCUCACCAUUGCCUUCAUCAACACGCAAGCGCUCUUGCGAUGUGCUUGAUCAUCUCCCGGGUGCCAAGCGGCGGGCUACUGACACUUCGCAACCGCCAUUGUCGCCAGUGUCGAACUCGUCGCGCAGUCAUGAAGAGCUGUAAGAUGCAUUGCAUGUGGUGCAAACCCCUUCAGGGCUGUUUUGUUUCGUUGUUCUAGCGUUAUCGUUGCUUGGAUUUCUAGGAUACCCGUAGCUACGUGCUACUUGUGCAAAGUCGAUAUAUGUAUACAUGUUCUUGGUUUUAUCUCGCAACUGUUCUUACUUCCUGUUUCAUCGUAUUCAGUAUGGGAAGGGACUGGCAUGCGUCAGACGCGUCUUGGUCCGUCGCAGACCAUCGCUUGUAAGUGAAAGACCACAAAAGUGAAGAGUGAACGUGA